AUGAUGAUCCUCCUCGUUUGCCUCAUACUAUCGACAUUGAAUGGAGUUCGAAUGUUGUCAUGCUAUCACUGCAUUUCCCAGGUUCCAUUGGAUGGCAUUGAAGACGACGCUCGUCUCGCGCUUAAGAGACUUAUUUUCGAAAGGUACAAUGUGCCUCCGUCACAUGAGUUCUGCGAUGACGCAAACACAUACGAUUUCUAUACGGCUGAAACACAGGAUUGUGAUGAUACGGACCAGUGCAUAAAGAUAUCAUUCUUUCAAAAAGAUUUGGCUGCGUUUGCUUUUAAUACAUUGACAUCAAUUUCUGAUAUAAACAUAUCGGUGAUGUUGGCUCAUCUUGCCGAAUCAACAUCUGGAAAUGUUAUUCAUAGGAAAAUGACUGAUCGCGUGGAAACCCUGUUCGUUUUUGAGGAGUUCUUUACCUAA